AGACAGUUCGCCGGAUCUCAGCUCAGCUCUUGGAGGUCGUAGGGCUCUGUCUUUUGAUACAAACCCGUCUUUGAUACUCAUGAUUAGCUGACUAGAGAUGACAAUCUCUCAACGUUGUACCUCCUCGGGGCCUCGAAAGUGUUCCCAGGCCGCAGUAUCGACGGCGUGUUCUAUCAAUGAAAUCGUCAGACUGAAUUGCCGAGAACAAUUGAUCCUUGAACCUCUCCGGUGGACCGGUCGUCAUGUUGAGCUACUACAAUGCAGAUUUGAAAAGCCGUCACUGGCACCAUCGGCGAUGGAUUCUACUAAUAAAGGCCCUGGUGACCGAUUCGUGCGAGCCCUUGUUCAUGCUGAAGAGUAUAUUUGGCGGGAGUUUAGAACUCGACAGAUCCUUUCGUCUCCCGGAUGCCCAUUUACGGCGUUGAACAACCUUCCCUUCUACUUCGAUCGACGCCAUAUCAGCGAUCUUCCCUGUGUUGUCUUCUUUCCCAAAGGCGACCAUGACCGCAUGGCUAGGGGGCUUGUACCCGCUGUCGCUGCAUAUGUCGACCGUGCCCGCAUCGAUCACCUGCGCCUCGCUGAACUAUACAGAUACCAGGGUAGAAGACAGAGCGAACAUGGCAGCACCCUUUUCAGACUCAAGUCAAAGGAGGUCACCUCUCCCGGACACCUGCACGACCCAUACAUUUUAGCGUUGUUAAUAGCCAUGGCUCAGCUACAACGGGGUGCUCUGCGGCGACGAAACCCUGAGAAGCAGCUUGAUAUAUGCUCUACUUUUGCGUGCCGCGUAUUAUUGACUGAUCUCAAUGAUAAGGCAUGCAUCCACCUCUUUACAGCUGAUAUCUCCUCCUCGUUUCUCCAGAAACUUGACCUCCCUGCGAGCCGUCCUUCCGCAUCAGCAUCACCGUUUGUCUCAAUCCAGCAUACAAAGAUACCAUAUAAACCGUACAACACUUUCUGCGACCGUAUUUCCUCGCUUCUGCUACGUGGAUAUCCGAAACGCGAGUCACGAGAGUGA